GAGUCCCUAAAUCCUACAAUAAAUACCUCUGGUUUUUAAAAUCACACUGCUGAGCCAGACACAUGCAAAUACCAAGAUUUGAACUCUGUUUUCAGGAGAAGAUAAACUUGACAUGGGGAAAAACACUAUGAGGCUUCUCUGUGCUUCACUUUCUCUUGCCGUGAUAUGCUGGCUAGCUGAAGGUACCCUGUCAAAAACAGAUGCAAAGAAAGGUGCUACAAAAAAACUGGAGGAAAAGAAGCUGCAUUCUGAUAAAAGUGUUCAGGACCGGGGAUUGGUAGUUGUGGAUCCAAAAGCAAAGGAUAUUAUACUGGAACAUAAAAGUUACUGCUCCAAGAAGACGAAGGAACGACAUUUCUCAGGAGAUGUUCUGGGAUAUAUUACUCCUUGGAACAACCAUGGCUAUGACAUUGCUAAAAUAUUUGGAAACAAAUUUACACUAAUCUCACCAGUUUGGUUACAAGUGAAAAGGAGAGGGAAGGAAAGGUUCCAGUUCACGGGGCUCCAUGAUGCUGAUCAAGGCUGGAUGAAAGAUGUGAGAAAAACCUCCAAAAACAUCAAAAUAGUGCCUCGAAUUUUGUUUGAUGGCUGGACUUACCAAGAUUUUGAGAGUGUUUUUGGCAGUGAAGAUGAGAUAGAGGAGCUUUCCAAGAACAUGGUUCUGCUAGCCAAGAAUGAAAAUUUUGAUGGUUUUGUGAUUGAAGUUUGGAGUCAGCUGGGAAAUCAAAAGCAAACGGAGUUGAUUCACUUGCUCACUCACCUUUCUGAAGCUCUGCAUGAAGCACAACUUAAACUCAUACUGGUCAUCCCUCCUGCAGUUGCAGCAGGGACCAACCAGCCAGGAAUGUUCACAAAGAAAGAAUUUGAUCAGUUGGCCUCAGCAAUAGACAGCUUCAGUCUCAUGACUUACGACUAUUCAGCACCUCAUCGACCUGGUCCAAAUUCCCCCCUUCCCUGGGUACGAGCUUGUGUUGAACUACUGGAUCCUGAUUCAAAAUGGAGGAAGAAAAUACUUUUAGGACUGAAUUUCUAUGGCAUGGACUAUUCUGCUUUGGGAACCUCUGGGGAGCCAAUCCUUGGCAGCAGGUACAUCGAAACCUUGAAGGAACACAAGCCAAAAAUUGUCUGGGAUGAACAAAUUGCUGAACACUACUUUGAAUACAAAAAAAAUAAGGGAGGAAAACAUGCAGUCUUCUACCCAACACUGAAGUCCAUCCAGUUGCGCCUGGAGCUUGCAAAAGAAUUGGGCACUGGAAUAUCCAUCUGGGAACUGGGACAAGGCCUGGACUAUUUUUAUGACCUGCUUUAAAAUGAGAGAUGAUCUGAGAAAGACUUUAUUUGCUUCACUGAGGCUCUACCUUCAAUUAAUCUGGUUAUCCUGGAGAGGUGAUUUUUAAAACAUUUUUUUGUAAUUUAUAUAGUAUCUGUUAAACUUGCUUUUUUUUCCCCAAUAAA